CACAUUCAUAGAAAAGAAAAUUCAAGAUAACAAGAAAUUUCAUGUAGGUAGUUUAUAAAAAUCUAUAAAAAUUGGGUGCCCCUGCAAUUCCCGGUCCGUCAAGAAGCCGCCCCUGCUUCCACAGCCGCCUCUAGUCGUGGGCUACGCAAUGGCCGGGAGACUCUCCACUCUAGAGGAAUCCUUCAAGGCAUUCGCCAAAUUUGGGGACUCCAGAAGUGACGGUACCACAAUCACACUGACGCAGAGUGACAAGUGGAUGAAACAAGCCACGGUGAUUGAUGGCAAGAAGAUCACCACCACGGACACCGGGAUAGCCUUUAACAAGUUUCGCUCCAAGACCAUCCCUUACACUGACUUCGUGAAAUUUGUGGAGGACUUGGCCACCACGAAGAAGGUGGACCCUCAGUCCCUCAAGGACAAAUUGGUCAACUGCGGGAUGCCGGGGACCAAUAUGGCUACCCAGGCUGUUAAGACCGGGGCUGUGGAUCGGUUGACGGACACGAGCAAGUACACAGGCUCUCACAAACAACGCUUUGACGAGGAAGGGAAGGGCAGAGGUAUCGCUGGCAGAGAGGAUAUCAAGGAUGACUCAGGGUACGUGCAAGGAUACAAGGAAAAGGAUACAUAUGAUGCCAAGAGGAAAAAAUGAUUUUGUACCUAUUUUUGUCAUUAAACCUUACAAUUAAGGAAGAAA